ACUCUCCCUCUCCUCUCUCCUCUGUGGAAACGAAACCUUUCGUUUUCUCUCUCUUAUUUUAAUUUCAUUUUUCAAUCCCAGGAGCUUCAGCUUGGUCGAGCAUGCAGAGAAUGGGUUAACACUCACUCAAAACUAGGGUUCCCCGUUUUCCACCAGCCCCCACCCAGUUCGUUUUAGUCCUUCUUUGGACCAUUUUGCAGACCUAGGAACCGAAAAAAGAGCAGACUUUUAGAUACAGCGAGAGAGAGAUAGAGAACGAAGAGCUAAGCUUAGAAUAAAGUGUUUGCUUGCCUUCUUUCUCUUUCUUUCUCUCCAAUCUAAAACCAAUUUCUCUUGCGGAGAGGGAGUUGGAGACAUUUGGGCUUAAACCUUUUGUCUCCUCUAUCCUCUCUGAUUUUUUUCCUUUCAUUGUUUCUUUAUACUUGUGUACUUGGCCUGCUUAAAAAGGUUGUUGGAGAGAGACUCGGGUCUUUUUUUCUAAGCAUUAUUGUGUUUGUGAUUCCUGGUUUGGUUUACUGAGAGCAAAACUGUGGGAGAAUGAAGCGUCUCAGUCAAUAAGAUUGUAGCGCUUCCUUGUAAAUUCGUAGAGAAGGAAUAGAAAGCAAAUCCACAAAGAGAAAGGAGGGAGAGAGAUAAGCGAUUACAGCAGAGAAAAGAAAGAAAAGGAACUUCUUUGAUGAGUUUUGGGGGUUUCCUCGAGAAUACUACCGGUGGCGGUGCGAGAAUCGUGGCCGAUAUUUCUUACAACAACAGCAACGGAAACAACAACCACAACAUGCCCGCCGGUGCACUUGCUCAUCCCCGCCUUGUCACUCCGCCUCUCACCAAAUCCAUGUUCAACUCCAGCCCUGGACUCUCUCUCGGUCUUCAACCGAAUAUCGACGGGCAAGCAGAUGUGGCUAGAAUGGCUGAGAAUUUUGAAGUUAAUCUUGGGAGGAGGAGCAGAGACGAAGAGCAUGAGAGCAGAUCUGGCAGCGAUAACAUGGACGGCGCUUCUGACGAUCUGGACGCGGCCGACAAUCCUCCGAGAAAAAAGCGUUACCACCGACACACGCCACAGCAAAUCCAAGAACUCGAAUCUCUAUUUAAGGAGUGUCCUCAUCCUGAUGAGAAACAAAGAUUGGAGCUUAGCAAGAGGCUUUGCUUGGAAACCAGACAGGUCAAAUUCUGGUUCCAGAAUCGCCGUACCCAAAUGAAGACCCAAUUGGAACGUCACGAGAAUUCGUUGCUUAGACAAGAAAACGAUAAGCUUAGGGCCGAAAACAUGUCUAUCAGAGAUGCAAUGAGGAAUCCGAUUUGCUCAAACUGCGGUGGUCCGGCAAUUGUUGGUGAAAUUUCACUUGAAGAGCAGCAUCUUAGGAUUGAGAACGCCCGGUUAAAGGAUGAGCUAGACCGUGUCUGUGCGCUCGCAGGCAAGUUUCUGGGACGUCCCAUUUCAUCAUUGGCUAACGCAAUUGGCCCUCCAUUGCCAAGUUCAAGUUUGGAACUCGGAGUAGGGAGCAAUGGCUUUGCUGGUUUAAGCCAUGUGCCCACAACAUUGCCUUUGGGACCCGAUUUCGGUGUUGGGAUUUCCGGUGUUUUGCCGGUGGUGCCUCCGGCUAGACCCCCAUCUAGUUUGACUGGCCUUGAUAGAUCGAUCGAGAGGUCUAUGUUUCUAGAGCUGGCCUUGGCUGCCAUGGAUGAAUUGGUUAAAAUGGCACAGGCUGAUGAGAAUCUCUGGGUCAGGAGCUUGGAAGGUAGGAGAGAAAUGCUGAACCUCGAGGAAUAUAUGAGAACUUUCACACCUUGCAUUGGCAUGAAACCAAAUGGUUUUGUCACCGAGGCUUCUAGGGAGACUGGUAUGGUCAUUAUCAACAGUUUGGCUCUUGUUGAGACACUCAUGGACUCGAAUCGAUGGGCAGAGAUGUUUCCUUGUAUGAUUGCCAGAACCUCUACCACUGAUGUGAUAUCUAGUGGUAUGGGUGGAACCAGAAAUGGAGCACUUCAACUGAUGCAUGCUGAGCUGCAAGUUCUUUCGCCUUUGGUUCCGGUUCGAGAGGUCAAUUUCCUCCGAUUCUGCAAGCAGCACGCAGAGGGUGUGUGGGCUGUGGUUGAUGUAUCCAUUGACAGCAUCCGAGAAACGUCGGCUGCACCCAUAUUUGUAAGCUGCAGGAGGCUUCCUUCUGGGUGUGUUGUGCAAGAUAUGCCCAAUGGGUACUCCAAGGUGACAUGGGUCGAGCAUGCAGAGUACGAUGAGAGCCAAGUGCAUCAGCUCUACCGGCCAUUGCUAAGCUCCGGCAUGGGCUUUGGCGCCCAACGCUGGAUCGCAACCCUUCAACGGCAAUGCGAGUGCCUAGCCAUCCUCAUGUCGUCCACAGUCCCUGCCCGAGACCACACGGCCGCGAUAACUGCCGGUGGGAGACGAAGCAUGUUGAAGCUGGCGCAACGAAUGACCGACAACUUCUGCGCUGGCGUGUGUGCGUCGACGGUGCACAAAUGGAACAAACUACUAGCCGGGAAUGUGGACGAAGACGUUAGGGUGAUGACGAGGAAGAGCGUGGACGAUCCAGGGGAGCCGCCGGGGAUCGUGCUGAGCGCAGCGACAUCGGUCUGGUUACCGGUCUCGCCACAGAGACUGUUUGACUUUCUACGCGAUGAACGGCUGAGAAGCGAGUGGGACAUAUUAUCAAACGGUGGACCCAUGCAGGAGAUGGCCCACAUAGCCAAAGGCCAAGAUCACGGAAACUGCGUCUCUCUCCUACGUGCUGGCGCCACGAACCAGAGCAGCAUGUUAAUACUGCAGGAGACGUGCAUAGACGCGGCUGGAUCGCUAGUAGUCUACGCGCCGGUGGACAUUCCGGCCAUGCACGUGGUAAUGAAUGGCGGCGAUUCGGCCUACGUGGCACUGCUUCCCUCUGGCUUCGCCAUCGUUCCGGAUGGACCUGGGUCGCGUGGGCCAGGUACAGCCACCGCCAAUGGAAGCGGUGGGGCCGGGCCGGGGCCACACAAGGUGAGGGUGAGUGGGUCACUCCUGACGGUGGCGUUUCAAAUACUGGUGAAUAGUCUUCCUACGGCUAAAUUGACGGUGGAAUCGGUGGAGACUGUCAACAAUCUGAUCUCCUGCACGGUGCAGAAGAUCAAGGCUGCUUUACAGUGUGAAAGCUGACGGGAGUUGAGACUCACGUGUUUUUUACUAUUUUAACGUUGUUGUAACAACGUUUGUGGAUGUCGUUAUUAAUUUAGUUUUUCUAUUUCUUUAUUUAUAGGGGUGGGUAGCAGUUUGUUUGCGAGUGGAUUGAUUGAGUGAGUGAGACUCAGUGAGUUCGGUGGGUGUUGAGUCAAGAACGAACCGCGCGUGAAAGCUCCUUGCAUUGUGGCUAAAGGGGGCAUCAUAGGACACGUUCUUAACACAAAGGCAAGGCAAGGGUGGUGGUUCGGGUAUUGACUCAGGUCAACCAUCGUGUUAACUCAGGUUGCUAAAUAACUUUGAGAAAAACUAAGAAC